GCAGACCGUGUUGAAGAACUGAACAACCUAAUUAACACAGGAUGACCUAGGAGUGAUUCUAAGCAUAUAACAAGAUACUCAUUAGUGAAUGUGAGAUAUUAAUGGAAUACAGUCAUGUCCACUCAAGACGAGAGGCAGAUCAAUACUGAAUAUGCUGUGUCCUUGUUGGAACAGUUAAAACUGUUUUAUGAACAGCAGUUGUUUACUGACAUAGUGUUAAUUGUUGAGGGCACUGAAUUCCCUUGUCAUAAGAUGGUUCUUGCAACAUGUAGCUCUUAUUUUAGGGCCAUGUUCAUGAGUGGACUCAGUGAAAGCAAACAGACACAUGUGCACCUGAGGAAUGUGGAUGCAGCCACCUUACAGAUAAUAAUCGCUUACGCAUACACGGGUAACUUGGCAAUAAAUGAUAGCACUGUAGAACAGCUUUAUGAAACUGCUUGCUUCCUGCAGGUAGAAGAUGUAUUACAACGUUGUCGAGAAUACUUAAUUAAAAAAAUAAAUGCAGAGAAUUGCGUGCGAUUGUUGAGUUUUGCUGAUCUGUUCAGUUGUGAGGAAUUAAAACAAAGUGCUAAAAGAAUGGUAGAGCACAAGUUCACUGCUGUAUAUCACCAGGAAGCUUUCAUGCAGCUGUCACAUGACCUACUGAUAGACAUCCUCAGUAGUGACAAUUUAAAUGUUGAAAAGGAGGAGACGGUUCGCGAAGCUGCUAUGCUGUGGCUAGAGUACAACACAGAAUCACGAUCCCAGUAUUUGUCUUCAGUUCUUAGCCAAAUCAGAAUUGAUGCACUUUCCGAAGUAACACAGAGAGCUUGGUUUCAAGGCCUGCCGCCCAAUGACAAGUCUGUAGUGGUUCAAGGUCUGUAUAAGUCUAUGCCCAAGUUUUUCAAACCAAGACUUGGAAUGACUAAAGAGGAGAUGAUGAUUUUCAUUGAAGCAUCUUCAGAAAAUCCUUGUAGUCUUUACUCUUCUGUCUGUUACAGCCCCCAAGCAGAAAAAGUUUACAAGCUGUGUAGCCCACCAGCCGAUUUGCAUAAGGUUGGGACUGUUGUAACUCCUGAUAAUGACAUCUAUAUAGCAGGGGGUCAAGUUCCUCUGAAAAACACAAAAACAAAUCACAGUAAAACAAGCAAACUUCAAACUGCCUUCAGAACUGUGAAUUGCUUUUAUUGGUUUGAUGCACAGCAAAAUACCUGGUUUCCAAAGACCCCGAUGCUUUUUGUCCGUAUAAAGCCAUCUCUGGUUUGCUGUGAAGGCUAUAUCUAUGCAAUUGGAGGAGACAGUGUAGGUGGAGAACUCAAUCGGAGGACCGUGGAAAGAUAUGAUACUGAGAAGGAUGAGUGGACAAUGGUAAGCCCUCUGCCUUGUGCGUGGCAGUGGAGUGCGGCAGUUGUGGUUCACGACUGCAUUUAUGUGAUGACACUGAACCUCAUGUACUGUUACUUUCCCAGGUCUGAUUCAUGGGUAGAAAUGGCCAUGAGACAGACUAGCAGGUCUUUUGCUUCGGCUGCGGCUUUUGGUGAUAAAAUUUUCUAUAUUGGAGGGUUGCACAUUGCUACCAAUUCUGGCAUAAGGCUCCCCUCUGGCACUGUAGAUGGGUCUUCAGUAACUGUGGAGAUUUAUGAUGUGAACAAAAAUGAGUGGAAAAUGGCAGCCAACAUCCCUGCUAAGAGGUACUCAGACCCCUGUGUUAGAGCUGUUGUGAUCUCAAAUUCUCUCUGUGUGUUUAUGCGAGAAACCCACUUAAACGAGAGAGCUAAGUAUGUCACCUACCAGUAUGAUCUGGAACUUGACCGGUGGUCUCUGCGGCAGCAUAUAUCUGAACGUGUACUGUGGGACUUAGGGAGAGAUUUUCGGUGCACUGUGGGGAAACUGUAUCCAUCCUGCCUUGAAGAAUCUCCGUGGAAACCACCAACUUACCUUUUUUCACCAGAUGGGACCGAGGAGUUUGAACUGGAUGGAGAAAUGGUUACACUACCACCUGUAUAGCCGGCGAGUUGAGGGAGUGCACGCCUGAUUUCUGUGCUUUGUCAUUUUCUUUGCUAAACAGGAGAGGCUAUGAAAGGACUAAAUAUGAGUACAUAAAAGUCUAUCUUUGAUAAAUUUUAUUUUUAUGCCCUACUUAAUAUUUGCAUCAGUAUAAUAUAUAUCCGUGAGUCUUACAGAAAGAUAUGCUUCCAUAAUAUGAAAUAGAUUAUCCAAUAAUUGAGAAACUUCUACAUGUAUCAUGAGAGCAUAAGAAUCUGGAUUAUCUAAUAACAUUGUUAGCCCUGCGUUAUGUACAGUUCAAAAAGUUCACUUAUUAAAGUAGUUUCCUGUUCCUAGUGUGGUAUAUCACAAAUUGUGCCGAGGUUAUUUUAGUAUACGUAUUUCAUUCCCGUGCUUCUGUUCUGAAGUCUUAGAAUACUUCUUUUUUUUUUGCCCAGUGUAAUUAAUUCAGCUGCACUUGACACUAGUGUCCAUGUUGGUAUAGAAAUGUUGUCAAAAUCCUUUACUAUAGUUGAGGAAGAUCUUCCAUUUUAUGGUAUUGCACAGGGAAAGCUAUGACUGCAGGAUCAGUCUAACUAUACUAUUAGGUGCAUGUAUUCUCUCUUCACUAACUUAUACUUGUCUAUCUAGAAUACAGGUCUUCCAAUUAGCUGGUCAUUUACCAGGUGUGGACUUAAGUUGCUGGGCUUGCAAUAAGAAUUGCUAGUCCCUCGUUGUGCGGGUCUGUGUGGAGCUUUAAUCAGUAAAUGCCUCCACUUUUCUGUAUUACAUUAACAUUGGCUCAUGCAUAUAACUACCUGCUGCUGUUGUAUUUCUCCAUCUUAAAGAUUUAGAGUGGGUUAACCAGGUCAUUACAUCCUAAUUUAAUAACAAGCAUUACUGUAGAGUGACUGUGUAUAGUUAUCCAUUAGCUGUCAGGGUGUGUGUGUGGUUUUUUUUUAACCUGUUGUGUGCGUGGGAGGGGGGUAGGAGUAGAAAGGUGAACUGUUCAGGAAUUCUCUGCACUAGCCGUGCAGAUGAGCAGGUAACUAGUGCUGCUCUGGCAUUAAUCCCAGGAACCACUAGCAGUAGCGGGGCGCCGCCAAUCUAACAUGAGCACAGGUGCUUCAUGACAAACCUUACUAGCAUGUUCAACUGCAUCAUGUUCUGGCACUGUAUUUUGAAUGACAUUAAUUUAUUAAAUAAAUUGUAUAUAUUCGA